GGGAUCUGAAGGCAGGUCCGGCUCCAGAAACGUUGCUCGUGCCCAAUUUCCUAUUCUCUUCUGCUCGACUUGCCUGUUUCAGCAGCCACCGCGCCCUGCGCUACGGAUUCCGCACCUUUGGACUCGCUGCUUUGCCCUGAGAGGUCAAUCUUUUAGCUGUGCUGUCUUAGUCGCUUCGUGAUCUGCGAAAGACUUUUGCCAUACCUACAGAAUUCACUACACCUGCCGCAUAUGGCGCGUUAUACAUUUAUUUAGAACUGCCGAUUUCUUUAUCUUUACCUGGUGGAAAUUCCCCCCGCGACGCUAUGUCGGAGACAAGCGAGCAUACCCGACAACACCGCUCUUUGCGGGAUCAGAUUGUCAGCCUCUUUCAAGGCUUUUCGCAAAGCAGCUCUGAUGCCCCUCACAUCGAACGGUUCACUGCGUCUCUAGCACCCAGCGACAGAACCCGUCUGCUGAAAUCCUACGAUGGUGAUGACCCUGCUUGUGGACUAAGGGAUUCUUGCAAUCACGGUACAUUCUCGCCACGCCCGGGUAGUGAGGAAUAUCAUAAUGGCACUCUUGGAUCAGAUUCUGUCCAGGGGCCCGAGAAUAUGCCCAGAGCCGGGGCAACAGCAGCAUUGUCAAGGAAAAGCACUAGAUCUUUGUAUAUAUCGUAUUACAUUCCGUUCUUCAACUGGAUACCCCAAUACCGUUGGUCCUUUCUGCGCGGCGACCUCAUCUCCGCACUGACAAUCGCGUCGAUCUAUAUCCCAAUGGCCCUGUCGUUGGCCUCGAAUCUUGCCCAUGCGCCUGCAAUCAAUGGCCUCUAUUCUUUUGUGUUCCAACCGUUCAUCUACGCCAUUCUUGGAAGCAGUCCCCUGUUGCUUGUUGGCCCCGAAGCGGCUGGGUCUCUGUUGACGGGAACAAUUGUCAAAGCAAGUGUUUCCCAAGGACUCUCAAGAGAGGAUGACGACGCUGCGAGUGCCAUGGUUGUCGGUGUGGCCACCGCCAUGGCAGGCUCAAUGAUAUUAGUCGCUGGCUUGACCAGAUUGGGCUUUCUAGACAAUGUUCUGAGCCGGCCUUUCCUCAGAGGCUUUAUCACCGCCAUCGGCUGUGUUAUCUUUGUCGAUCAGCUCAUACCAGAAGUGGGCUUAGCUGACUUGGCGAGAGACGCUGGUGUCAGUCAUGGAAGUACGGCAGAAAAGCUUGUUUUUCUGAUCAGGAAUAUCAAGAGCUGCCACGGUCUUACAGCUGCAGUAUCAUUUGGCAGCUUUACCAUAAUCAUGCUAUUCCGAACGCUCAAGAAGAUCCUGGAGCCACGGUUUCCCCAGGUUGUCUACUUCCCUGACCGGAUUAUUGUCGUCAUUUUAUCGGCUGUUCUGACUUGGCACCUUGGCUGGUACGAGAGGGGACUUGAGAUUCUGGGCCCCGUCCAAGAAACAGGCAGCGGGAUUUUUGCUUUCAAUUGGCCUUUCCAGUUUCGGCAUAUGAAGCACGUCCGGACGGCGCUGAGCACAUCCUUUGUUAUUGCAUUGCUCGGCUUCUUCGAGUCUUCUGUUGCCGCCAAAGGACUGGGGGAGAAACGCGAUGGAGUGCAGGGCAUGCCCGUGAGUGCUAACAGAGAAAUGGUGGCGCUUGGCGUUGCCAAUGUUGUUGGUGGCUGCUUCAUGGCGCUUCCUGCCUUCGGUGGUUACGGAAGAAGCAAGUUGAACGCUUCCACGGGAGCGCGAUCCCCAAUGAGCAGCAUCUUCCUGAGCAUCAUUACCGCCGUUUGUAUCAAGGUGAUUCUGCCUUAUCUGUACUACCUGCCGAAAGCUGUGCUUUCCUCUACAAUUUCCGUGGUGGCAUAUAGUCUUAUAGAGGAGUGUCCUCAUGAUGUGGCUUUCUUCAUUCGCUUGCGUGGUUGGACAGAGCUAGCAUUGAUGAUUCUUAUCUUUGGCUCGACAAUCUUCUAUUCCUUAGAGCUGGGUAUUGCGCUCGGAAUCGGACUAUCCAUUCUGAUUCUGAUCCGCCACUCCACCCAGCCUCGAAUUCAGAUCCUUGGUAAGGUUGCUGGUACCAGUGACCGGUUCGACAACGCCGAGCUCCAUGCGGAGAAUGUGGAGCUCAUUGAGGGUGCUCUUAUCGUCAAGAUCCCCGAGCCUCUCACCUUCGCCAAUACAGGUGAUCUGAAGAACCGUCUCCGCCGUCUGGAAUUCUACGGCACCAACCAAGCGCACCCUUCUCUUCCCCGCUCGCGACCUCCCGAGCACAACAAGAACAUUAUCUUCGAUGUGCACGGAGUCACCAGCAUCGACGGUUCCGGGACCCAGGUUCUCUCCGAGAUCGUCAAUGAAUACCUGAAUCUUGGGGUGAGAGUCUUCUUCUGCCGUCUUCCCAACCGUAAUGUCUUCCGCAUGUUUGAGAGAAGCGGCAUCGUUGACCGGUGCGGAGGCAUGCAAUACUUUGUACAGAGUGUUGACGAAGCACUGCGACUCGCCGAAGCAGAGGGCGGGCCGUUGGAGCCUUGAAUUCAAGAGCCCGCCACCUUCGUGUUUAGGGACUUCGUCCGACGUCCCUUUUCACGAUCGUUGCCAUUCAUAUCACGCGCCACGUGUUCCCGACAUCUUGUUUUGAAUUUCUGUUGCUAGUAGCGCCAGUUAGAUUUGCUGAUAGCGAUGCAGCCCAAGCGGCCCAGCAUAUGAAGG